AUGCAAAUUCCCGAAUCUGUUGUGGGCGAUUCUUCUGAUGAGAUUACGACGGAGGAAAAUCUACAAGCAGUCUACUUCAACAAGACUAGGAGCGAACGUUUCAGCAGCGUUGCAAGUACCACAUGCUGGGAUGAGCUGAACAUUUCCGGCUAUCUUGCGGAAUGGAAUCGGACCGUGCCCACUAUCAACAAUCUUUUCAGCUCGUACUAUGCUGCCUUACAAAGCGGUGACAUUGAUGGAAGCGACUCAGAAUACGCAAAACUUCAUCAGAUCCUUGCCGGAUAUGAGUUUGGGGCGGUACUCAACAAUGGCAACGUACUGAAGGCAUUGUUGGCUGGAUUACCAUUCUGGGGGAUACCGUCAGUCUUAGCAAGCGGACCACAACGGAUCAAUCCGGAUGUCAAUGUCGCUGCGGUACAGGCUUUCACACAGAGCCUUCAGAACACAGAAGCAGUCAGCUCCAUCUUGUUGGGUUCACCAUAUAACAUCAGCGAUUACAUGACCACAGAGACUGAUUUGGCCAACAUGACUGCUUGUACUGGAUAUAUGCUACAGUCAGCUCUCAGCCUUAUCAUGAGCGAUGUGCCAACAUUCACUUCCUGGGCUGCCCAUGGGCUUUACUCUGGUCCUACCUCCUUUAAUCUCCCGCAGCCAGCUGCCGGCAUAACAUCCGCUUUCACAACCUACUUGGUCGGCGAAACCCUGUCGCAGUCCCACUUCUCUGCAACACCCACGACGAAGACUUUCUUCAAAGAGGUCUUCCAGCACAGCCGCACAUGCACAUCUCUCGGCGAUGUCUGCAAAGACCACAACGACAAAGCUUUCUACUGGAGUCAAGUCACCCAGAUGCAGUAUGAAAUCAACGAGCCCGACCACUGGGUGCUGUUUUCGGGGAGGCUACCUGUAAUAGAGGAAGUCGGGUACGAGGCAACUGCAUAUGGUCUGUUGGAAUACAUUGAAACGUCGAAUGUGGACAUGUCAGUGCUGUUUGACGGCGCUUAUGACUGCACUUUGGAGGGCAAGGCUGGAGGUUCGGCGGUCAAUAUCGAUGCGGACGGCUCGUUGGAUGUCGCUUGCCUGUCAUCGUUACCGAUCUACCUGUCGAAGGGCUCCUCUUGUCCUGCCGGCGCGGUGCAAGUCGGUGGAAAGUGCCCGUUUGGCUUCCAAGGGUAG